CUAAGCUUCUCAGUCUAAGUCACUCUCCCAGCUGUCUAAUGUCCCUGUGCUUUAACCAACCCUCCAGGGCCAGGAGGUUACUGUGUUAAAAGCAGCUUCCUAAGGCUGACUAAAAAGAGGAUUUCGUAAAUAGCAGGGGAAGCGAAGGGUCUCUGUAGCUCUUUACUCCACGGCCAGCAAAUGCUGAAAGUAAACUGGGUUUGCCACCUUGCCACAUCAGAUGUCUCAAGACAUGCAUGAACGUUUUUGCAUAGCCUGGGUUUCGGGUUUUUUGUACUUGGGUGUUCACCAAAGCUCAGGAGUCUGGCCACAGACUCUUCCCCUCCUGUUUGGUGUUGCUGUGAGAAUAAAUAUCCCAUCUUGCAGCUUCAGGACAAUGGAUGAGAAAAGCACACCAGCGCAGGGAGGCAAGAGUUGCCAUUAGCACUCGUUAACCAAUGGUCUUAGUUAACAGAUCUGUCUCCAUCCCGGGACUGAUCACUACACAAAGGCUCAUCUGAGAAACGCCCAGUUGUGCUGGAUAAGCUCUACGCUGUCACCAGCUUUUCUCCCUCUUUUUCUUUCUCUUUUCCUUAAUUUUACUUGUUUCCCUUUUAUUCCUCUUCCUCUUCCAUUUUCUCUUUUUCCCUGUCUGCCUCUGAUUUACGUUUAUCUAUCUGGUUUAUUCGUGGGAGGGUGUGAAGAAGCUGUGUUUGAAGGUCAGAGGAUAAUUUUUAGGAGUCAGUGGUCUCCUUCCACCAUGUUUGUGCCACAACUAAACUCGGGUCUUCAGGCUUGGCAGAAGCACCUUUAUCUCCUGAACCAUCUUACUAUCCCCAGCUCCUAGUGUCUCCUCACUGUGUAGCCCAGGCAGGCGCUGGGUCUCAGUCUCCUGAAUUACAGACCCAUGCACCACCACAUCUCAUGCCCCUUUUUUAUACCUGUUAUUUUAUGUGCUCACUUUAUUAUUUUACUAAUGUGUAUGAUUAAGUUUAGGGAUAACAUAAGGACCCAGGCAUGUGGGUACAAGGAAAACACUCCCACUAACUGCCAGCUUUGGUGCCUGCCUUUCCCCAAGGACCAGUAUCAAGUUCCAUUAUCCUCUGCUAAGUGUGGUCAAAGGCUGUGAUGCGAAAAGCCGCUCAGUCUUUCCAAUCUUAGUGUAAGGGACUAGAAAGGGACUCCUCCCUUGGUGGCAGGGCACUACCAUUAGAGGGCUGUGACAGUAACUUCCUUUCAGCUUCCUCUAGGCCCAAGUAAAGGAAAAGCCAGCUGCACCAGUGGGUCUUGACUCAGCUAGAGUCAACUCCUGUAGCCUGCAGGCUUGGGUUCAGGUCAAGAAUAAAUGGUAUAAAUUGAAAGUAUGUGAUCCUAGGCUCAUUCACUUCUGGAGCAACAGGAAGAGGAAGAGUGAAGUAGGAUGUCCUCAUACGACACAGCUAGUUUCCAAAUUGGAAGGGGCCGGCCAGCGAUAAAGGUGGGAGAUGAGGGUGCUGGGCACUUUGUGAAGAUGGUGCAUAACGGGAUAGAGUAUGGCGACAUGCAGCUGAUCUGUGAGGCCUACCACUUGAUGAAGGACGUCCUGGGCAUGCAGCACAAGGAGAUGGCCCAGGCAUUUGAAACGUGGAACAAGACAGAGCUGGACUCGUUCCUGAUUGAAAUCACUGCUAAUAUUCUCAAGUUCCUGGACAGUGAUGGCAAAGAGCUGUUACCAAAGAUCCGGGACAGUGCUGGGCAGAAGGGCACUGGAAAGUGGACCGCCAUCUCGGCGCUGGAAUACGGCAUGCCGGUCACCCUUAUUGGAGAAGCUGUCUUUGCUCGGUGCUUGUCUUCUCUGAAGGAGGAGCGAGUUCAGGCCAGCAGAAAGCUGAAGGGCCCCCAGCAGGUCCAGCUGGAAGGCAGUAAGGAGUCGUUCCUGGAGGACAUUCGCAAGGCCCUCUAUGCUUCCAAGAUCAUCUCCUACGCCCAAGGCUUUAUGCUGCUCAGACAGGCAGCCACUGAGUUUGGCUGGACCCUCAAUUAUGGUGGCAUUGCCCUGAUGUGGAGAGGGGGCUGUAUCAUCAGAAGUGUGUUCCUGGGGAAAAUUAAAGAUGCAUUUGAGCGAAACCCAGAACUUCAGAACCUACUGCUGGACGACUUCUUUAAGUCAGCAGUUGACGACUGCCAGGACUCCUGGCGACGGGUGGUCAGCACUGGGGUGCAAGCCGGCAUCCCCAUGCCCUGCUUCACCACUGCCCUCUCCUUCUAUGACGGGUACCGACAUGAAGUGCUGCCAGCCAACCUCAUCCAGGCUCAGCGGGAUUACUUUGGGGCUCACACCUAUGAACUCUUAUCCAAACCAGGGGAAUUUAUCCAUACCAACUGGACAGGCCACGGUGGCAGCGUGUCAUCCUCUUCAUACAAUGCCUAGUAGGCCUGUGGCUCCGCCCUCCCCCUCCUCCUCCCUCCCAGCAACGGAACAGCCCCUGUGGGGCUGGCACACAGCACUCCUCUCUGCCCUAGUUCCUGCUCAGAUCUUUUAGCCAAGUGUUGGCUAUGAUUGCUGAAGAAGUCACCAGGGUCUCUUGUCCAGUAGUUUCUGAGCCACCAUGUAUUCUGCCUCGACCUUUUGCACUGCCAGGAACUGCCCUUGCGCGCCACUGCGUGACCGCUCCCUGACUGAGCUGUGCCAUGUGGGUCAGACAGGCUGCGCUCUUAGCACACGGAGUGUGGGUGUGUGGGAUUGUACAACCUUGAGCGUGGAUCAUGCGUGUGGGUGCUGCCGCCCCCACUCAGGAACAGAUGUAUGUGGUUACACUCUUCUACACUGGCCUCUGGACGUGCCAGCUGCUGUCCUGUUAGCAGAAAGUUGUACGCGGAGUUCAUUACAUGGGAAGUGAUUUGUUUUGCUUUUGAGUCUGGCUAUUUUUUUUCCUUGUAAGCCUCCAAAUAAAACAGGACACAUUAAAUUGAGGGUAAUGAUUAAGCCUGGAGGAAGGUGAGGAGUAGGUGGACAGGGGCUCUCAUGCUGGGUCUUUUUUUCUGGGUACCUACAUGUAACAUCCUCCCGUCACACAUUUGUAAUAAACUUUUUUGACUGGCUUGGUC